AAAAAAAAAAAAAAAAUGUCUUCUAAUCCUUUUGAUACUAAUGCUUCAGAUUAUGACAAAAUUCCAUUUUGUUUGACCGUUGCAAAAAAUUGUUCAAAAGCUAUUAUUGACGAAUUGGGAAAUGAGCUAAAUCCCGAGAAAACUGAAGUUAUAGAUUUUGCUUGUGGAACUGGACUUAUCUCUCAAGAAUUACGCUCUUAUGUAAAAUCCAUUGUUGGGAUUGAUAUGGCCCAAGGUAUGGUCGAUGAAUAUAAUAAAAAAGUUUUGCAACAAGGUAUUGAUGAAAAUGAAAUGAAAGCUAUUUGUUUGGAAUUGAAAGAAGGCGAUCAAUUAAAUGGAAGAAAAUUCGAUCUCGUUGUUUGCGCUUCGGCUUAUCAUCAUAUCGAUGAUGUCACUGCUAUUUCACGUAUUCUUGCUUCUUAUUUAAAACCAUCUGGAAAAUUGAUCGUAUUAGAUUUAAUUAAAGACCCUGCGACUAAGGAUAAACUUCAUGAAGGUUUUACGGAUCAUCAUCAUAGACAUCAUCAUGGACAUCACGAAGAUUCCACGGCUCAUAAAGAGGAUCACGAAGAUGUUAUAAAUAAAUUUGCGGGGACUGUAGUUCAUAGAGGUGGUUUUUAUCCUGAAGAGAUUGAAAAGAUUUUUUUGGAUACCGGGGUUUUGGAAGAUGUUAAAGUUGAAGUAGCAUUUACUUUUAAUAAAUUUAUUAAACAAGAUCAAAAAGAAUAUACUUUUAAAUAUUUGAUUGCUAAAGGUAAAAAGAAAGAAUAGAAAGAACAAAGGUUCAAUAUGAAUAAUAUAUUU